UGAACCCUUCCGACUUUUUGGGGUGAGCAAAAACAACCUGAAACAGCCCAAGAGUCGUUGAUUUUUCUGAGAUAAAACUUGGGCAAAGUGCGGAAUUUCUACCACUUGUGCAAACUUCCCUCCUCAUACGUAAACUGUGGGCAGUCAGGCCGCGAGAAGCGAGAUCGCAUCGAUCGCCAUGUUGGCAGUGUUGGUUCUGGGCUUGGUUUCCCUCGUUGCCUUUCCGUUCCUCUACCAGAUCUUUCGAUACCGAUUUCUCCAUCCGCUGUCAAAAUUUCCCGGACCGUUUUGGGCCAGUGUGACGAGAUUGUACACGUCGUACUACAAUGUCAAAGGCAUUGAGCACGACCACCUGCUUGAUCUACACCGACAAUAUGGCCCUGUGGUUAGACUCACGCCCACGCUGCUGUCAAUCAGUGAUGCCACAAUGCUUCCUAAGGUAUACAGCCGCUACGCCGACAAGAGCCAACAUUACAUAACUGGGAGCUUUGGAAAGACGGAAAGCGUAUUCAACAUGCAAAAUCACAAGCAGCAUGCUCAAUUCCGCAAAGUGAUCGCUGGCCCGUACAGUUUCUCAAAUGUCAAGAGGAUGGAGCCUCUUGUCGAUGCUAGAAUAGAGGACUGGACUGAAAGAAUGGUCGAGAAAUUCGCCAAUACCGGUUCCAAAUUCGACUUUGCUCCUUGGGCUGUUUACAUGGCAUACGAUAUCAUCUCCGAGAUAGGAUUUGGUGCACCGUUUGGAUUCAUCGAGAAAGGAGAGGAUGUUGCUGGCCUGAUUAAAGGUUUUCAUGAUGGACUGCCCGCCUUUGGUAUGAUGGCUAGGUUGUAUCCUUUCACGAACUGGGUCAAGUCAACCUGGGUAGGAGAGAAGUAUCUCGUCGCAAAACCUGAGGACGAGAGCGGCAUAGGAAUUCUCAUGCGCUUCCGGGACAAGUUGAUCACUGAAAGGCUGGACAUGAUUUCCAAAGGAAAGGCACAGGGUCGAAUUGAUCUUCUACAAACAUUCCUUGACGCGCGAGACGAAGACGGGAAGCCGAUGGAUAUGAGUUGGAUCAAGGCCGAGGUACUUCUGGUGCUCCUUGCUGGAGCUGAUACCACCGGCACGGCAUUUCAAGGUCUGAUGCGAAUGGUCAUGUCUAACCCAGAAGUUUACAAGAAGAUGAUGGCGGAGAUCGACGAGGCUACCAAAGCAGGACAUCUCUCGAAGAUGCCGCAGUACGAAGAAGUGACCAAGCACUGCCCGUACUACGUUGCUUGUGUGAAAGAAACCAUGCGUCUCUAUCCAUCGGCGCCGAACAUCUUCCCUCGAUUGGUAGGUGCUGGUGGCUUGGAGAUAGAUGGCAAGUAUAUUCCUGAGGGAACAGAAGUCACGUGCAACCCAUGGGUCGUUCACCGCGAUACAAAAGUCUUCUCCCAGGACGCUAACGAGUUUCGUCCGGAACGCUGGCUCGAAGGCGCGGAGCGUGCUAAGGACUACGAUAAGUAUAACAUGGGAUUUGGCUAUGGCCCCAGAGUGUGCCUUGGAAGAGACAUUGCUCUCAUGGAACUCUACAAAGCUCCUAUUCAUUUCUUCAGAACGUUUCAACCGGAAGUGCUGGAUCCCGAAAACAUGGGACAGUUUGUUGUAAGAGGUGGAGUGGCCUACUGGACAAAUAUGUGGUUGAAACUAUCUCAACGCCUAAGUACUCUGUAAA